UGGAAAAAAACACAUAGCGUAGUACAGCAGCAGGGCUUCUCAACUCAUCGAAGUUAAAUCCAAGUUUAAGAAAAGUUAAAAGGACAAUGUAGUUUUGGGCUGUACAUUAAAUAGCCUUGCUUUAACGUACAACUGUCCACUUUUUUAAAAGGAAGCUAGUUUUUUAUACUCAUGACACAGUGAAGAAAAGACGAGGAGAAUUGACCAUUGUUCGAACUGGAUCGUCUAACGCUUUCCCGAUUUCCUGUUCCUGUGCGGAAGAGUUACCGAGGGCCGCUGAUGAGAGAUUGAAGGGCAGUGACGCAAAACACACAGUAUACGAAAGCAGCCCUGUGGACUGGCGCUCAGGACUCUGCAGCUCUGUCUAACAUGCAUGGGGUAACCUUCCCCUGUCCACAUUCAGCAGAGGGACAAUCGCAGUCUUGACCAAAUUGGGUGAUUUUUUUUUGUACGGUUCGCCUCCUGUUGCCCGAUUCUCUUUGACCAAAGAUUUUUUUUCUUUCUUGUUGGCUCUUGUUUUUAAACGCAACCAUUUUUUCGGGAACUAAAUUGGGAUUGUCCCUCAUAUUAUGCACUUCAAUGGAUACCAGCGGCUCACUGGUUAGCAUGCGGGCUGAGGACCAGUCCUUCAAUGUUCGCUACAGGAUGGAGGUGUCCUGCUUGGAGCUGGCAUUGGAAGGUGAGCGUCUCUGUAAGGUGGGGGACUACAGAGCUGGCGUCUCCUUCUUUGAAACUGCCAUCCAGGUGGGUACAGAGGACCUGCAGGUGCUCAGUGCCAUCUACAGCCAGCUUGGCAAUGCAUACUUCCACCUGCAUGAGUACGCUAAGGCCCUGGAGUUUCACCGGCAUGACCUCACCUUGACCAGGACCAUUGGAGACCUGCUUGGAGAAGCCAAAGCCAGUGGGAACCUUGGCAACACGUUGAAGGUGCUGGGGCGGUUUGACGAGGCUGUGGUUUGCUGUCAGAGGCACUUGGACAUAGCGAGGGACAUUAAUGACAAGGUGGGUCAGGCAAGAGCUCUGUAUAACUUUGGGAACGUGUACCAUGCUAAAGGCAAAAGUAUUUGUUGGAGCGGAGCUGAGCCUGGAGAUUUCCCAGAAGAGGUCAUGAUGGCACUGAGACAGGCAGCUGAGUAUUAUGAGGCGAACUUGGCGAUAGUGAAGGAGCUUGGAGAUCGGGCUGCCCAGGGCCGAACCUAUGGCAACUUAGGCAACACCCACUACUUACUGGGAAACUUUCGCAAAGCUGUGGCUUCUCAUGAACAGCGCCUGCAAAUAGCAAAGGAGUUUGGCGACCGUUCGGCGGAGAGACGGGCUUACUGCAACCUAGGAAAUGCCUACAUCUUUUUGGGGGAAUUUGAAGUGGCAGCUGAACAUUACAAGAGGACGCUGCAGCUGGCGAGGCAGUUGAAGGAUCGAGCUGUGGAGGCCCAGGCCUGCUACAGUCUGGGCAACACCUACACGCUGCUCCAAGACUAUGAGAGAGCCAUAGACUACCACCUCAAACACCUGAUCAUAGCCCAGGACCUCAAUGACCGGAUCGGGGAGGGUCGUGCAUGCUGGAGUCUGGGAAACGCUCACACAGCGCUGGGGAACCAUGACCAGGCCAUGCACUUUGCUGAGAAACACCUGGAAAUCUGCAAAGAGACUGGAGACAGGAGUGGGGAGCUGACAGCUCGUAUGAACGUGUCUGAUCUCCAGACGGUGCUGGGUCUGAGCUAUAGCACAAAUAACUCCACUUUUUCAGAGAAUAAGGAUAUAGACUACAACUUGCAUGGAGCAAGGCCCAGGAUGAGCAGAAGACACAGCAUGGAGAAUCUGGAGCUGAUGAAACUCACACCAGACAAAAUUAAUGGUCAGAAGUGGAACAGUGAUAUUCUGACCAAACAGUCCAAACCUUCCCUGGCCAAGAGCUCCUCGAAGUUGUUCUUUGUCAGCCGUCUGCGUGGGAAGAAGUACAAGUUUGGUGGCUCCAGUAAGGUCCUCCAGGACACCAGCAACACCCUGGACACCAGCCAGACCGCUGCACAGGGACCACAGAAGCGACUCAGUCCUGACAUGCUCGGAGACGAGGGCUUCUUUGAUCUGCUCAGCCGUUUCCAGAGCAACCGUAUGGAUGACCAGCGCUGUUCAAUAAAGGAUAAGGGCAGCAGGUUUUCAUUAAACAGUGGCCCAGAGUCGCCUCCCAGAGCCAUUAGGAAAUCUGUGUCAGAGUCUGCCAACGUAUCAGGCGCCCAGGGCCGCCAGUUGGGUGAGUCGUCAGGAGCAGGGGGAAGCCUGCCCGGCCUCAGACUCAAUCAAAACGGCAACCAGGCCAUGCUCAGCCACCUGAUGGCCAACGCUGACAACACAGAGCCUGAUGACGACUUCUUCGAUAUGCUUGUCAAGUGCCAGGGGUCCCGUUUGGAUGACCAGCGCUGUGCACCUCCCCCUCCUCCAGUCCGAGGGCCCACUGUACCAGAUGAGGACUUCUUCAGCCUCAUAAUGCGCUCUCAGGCCAAACGAAUGGACGAGCAACGUGUCACCUUGCCGUCUGCAGCGAACGCUACAGCCCGGACCAGCUCCAGCUCCAAAUGAACUAAGCACUAAAGGGACAUACAGGUGUUUUAUUUUGAAUCUCAUGAAGGUUUGGACAGCGUUGUGAUAAACCAUCAAGAUGGUUACUCAGAAGAAAGUCCUGUGUCUCACUACAUUUGUUCUUCUGGACAAAACAAAGCACUGUCAGCAUUGUGUGUGGUUAACAGAAUGGAAAAAUCUCUAAUUUCUAAUUUUCUUCGCACAACUUGCACAACAUCCACAAACUCUGAGUGGUGUCAGGGACAAAAGUGUUGUUUUUUUAACCUUGUUUUUCAUGAUUUCAUUUCACACUGUGUAUUUUUCAAUACACAACUGCAGUUGUUUAUAUUUAUUGUACUUUUUUAUUAUUGUUAGGAUUCUGUUAACUGCCGUCCGAACCUUCAACCAUCAAGUAAUGUGGUUUAACUCACAGUGUUGUCUGCAUCAGUGCAGACAGGUACAGCACUCUCUGUAUUUUGUAUAUAUGUAAGGUUUAUGUUUGAUUAAGAGUUACAGAAGUCAGACUAAUUAAAUUUACAAAAGCUAUUUUAAGCAAACUGUUUGAUAAAAAGAUGAAUUUAACCCGUGUACAGCCCUUAUACUCUUUUGUACUAAAUGUUUUGAGUGCGGUCAGAGGAGUAAAACCUCUCUCAUGUACGCAUUUUGUUUUGAUUUUUUAAGUGUUUGAAGUAAACUGUUCAUUUCAACAAAACAUACAGCUUGUGUAAAAGACACUUUAUUGAACGUACCAGCAGACUCAUUCAGUUAGCUUGAAUUAAUUAAAGUCACCUUUAAAAACAAGAAUUAGAAAGGCUUGAUACAAGAGCCACUAGCAUUUCAAAAACAUACUAAUAACUGUACAUACA